UGCAGGUCUGCAUCCACACAACACAAGCCCACGCCCACGCCCACGCCCACGCGCCCCCAAACCCAAAACCCUACCACGCCUCCGCGCCCAUGGCCCCUACCGCGCCGCAGCCGCCCCGCCCCUCCGCCGCCGCCCCCUCCGCGGCGCCGGUCGACGCGCUCUUCCUCCAGAACCUGAUGAACCGCGUCCAGCUCCGCCCGCCCUUCCUCGACACCAACUCCUUCCUCACCCAGGACCUCGACGACUUCCUCCUCAACGAGUUCGCCGCGCUCUCCGCCGCGGCGGGCGAGUCCUACGACGACGACGACGACGACGAAGAAGGGGAGGACGGCGGCCUCUCCGACGGGGAGGCCUCCGGGGAGGCCAGGCGGCGCCGGAUGCUCUCGCGGGAGGAGGCCAAGCUGGAGAAGGAGAUCGUCCGGAUGGUGCUCGCCGGCGACGGGGACGCCCUUAAGCCCAACUCGGGCCAGUCCGUCGCCGUCGGCGACCACCACGUGUGCGUCGGCUUCCACGACGAGGCCGGUGGGGAGUACCGCGUGUGGGAGUGGCACGGCCACGUCAUGCUCUUUGACGACGAGGACGGCUACUCCGCCGAGUACAUCUACGGGAACCACUUCGAGCCGCUCGCUGCCGCCGCUGCCAGGGCCAAGCAGAAGGAGAAGGAGAAGAGAGAGAAGGACCUCACCUCGGGCCUUCGGGAUUUGAUUGUGGGUGAUGGGGACAGUGCCAAUGGCUUGAAUUUGAAUGGCAAUGGCGGAGGCCCCAGGGUGGUGCGCAGGAACGUCGUAAAUGCCCCUGCAGCAGCGCCUGCAAGCUUGGGCGCCCCGGUUGCACUUUGGACUAUCCAUGUGAAGUCAAAUGGAUAGAGGAGGGGGCCAAGGGCUUAGGCACAGAUGUGGACUCGUCAGCAGGAACUAUUCUAGACUAGAAAGACGGCACGGGUGAAAGCGAUUGCUUCUUAACUUGCCUAUUUUGUUGUUGAGAAAUUCUUAUAACUUGCUAAAGCAGGCGAGGGGAAAUGGUCGGAAAUCCCGCACCGGAAAACUUGAGGUGAAACGGCGUCUGAGUUGAAAUAAAGUGGUGAAAUUUGGCCACCAGUUACCAUUU